GGAAUUGCGUCCCAAAUCAAAGGAAUGAAGUCCGGCUCCGGAGGAGGGUCCCUGACCUCGCUGUGGGGGCUCCUGUUUUUCUCCGCCGCGCUCUCGCUCUGGCCGACGAGUGGAGAAAUCUGCGGCCCCGGCAUCGACAUCCGCAAUGACUACCAGCAGCUGCGGCGCCUGGAGAACUGCACGGUGAUCGAGGGCUACCUGCACAUCCUGCUCAUCUCCAAGGCCGAGGACUACCGCAGCUACCGCUUCCCCAAGCUCACGGUCAUCACCGAGUACCUGCUGCUGUUCCGCGUGGCCGGCCUGGAGAGCCUCGGGGACCUCUUCCCCAACCUCACGGUCAUCCGCGGCUGGAAGCUCUUCUACAACUACGCCCUGGUCAUCUUCGAGAUGACCAACCUCAAGGACAUCGGGCUGUACAACCUGCGGAACAUCACCCGGGGGGCCAUCCGGAUCGAGAAGAACGCCGACCUCUGCUACCUGUCCACGGUGGACUGGUCCCUCAUCCUGGACGCGGCCUCCAACAACUACAUCGUGGGCAACAAGCCCCCGAAGGAGUGCGGGGACCUGUGUCCGGGGACGGUGGAGGAGAAGCCCCUGUGCGAGAAGACCACCAUCAACAACGAGUACAACUACCGGUGCUGGACCACCCACCACUGCCAGAAAACGUGCCCGAGCGCGUGCGGGAAGCGGGCCUGCACGGAGAACAGCGAGUGCUGCCACCCGGAGUGCCUGGGCAGCUGCAGCGCGCCCGACGACGACGCGGCCUGCGUGGCCUGCCGCCACUACUACUACGCCGGCGUCUGCGUGCCCAGCUGCCCGCCCAACACCUACCGCUUCGAGGGCUGGCGCUGCGUGGACCGCGACUUCUGCGCCAACAUCCUCAACGCCGAGAGCAGCGACACCGAGGGCUUCGUGAUCCACGACGGCGAGUGCAUGCAGGAGUGCCCCUCGGGCUUCAUCCGCAACGGCACCCAGAGCAUGUACUGCAUCCCCUGCGAAGGCCCUUGCCCCAAGGUCUGUGAGGAAGAAAAGAAGACGAAGACCAUCGACUCGGUGACGUCCGCGCAGAUGCUCCAAGGCUGCACCAUCUUCAAGGGCAAUUUGCUCAUUAACAUCCGACGGGGCAAUAACAUUGCCUCGGAGCUGGAGAACUUCAUGGGGCUCAUCGAGGUGGUGACGGGCUACGUGAAGAUCCGCCACUCCCACGCCUUGGUCUCCUUGUCCUUCCUCAAGAACCUUCGCCUGAUCUUAGGAGAGGAGCAGCUCGAGGGGAACUACUCCUUCUACGUCCUCGACAACCAGAACCUGCAGCAGCUGUGGGACUGGGACCACCGCAACCUGACCAUCAAGGCGGGCAAGAUGUACUUCGCCUUCAACCCCAAGCUGUGCGUCUCCGAAAUCUACCGCAUGGAGGAGGUGACGGGGACCAAAGGGCGCCAGAGCAAAGGGGACAUAAACACCAGGAACAACGGAGAGAGGGCCUCCUGUGAGAGCGACGUGCUGCACUUCACCUCCACCAACACGUGGAAGAACCGCAUCAUCGUCACGUGGCACCGGUACCGGCCCCCGGACUACCGGGACCUCAUCAGCUUCACCGUCUACUACAAGGAAGCGCCCUUCAAAAACGUGACGGAGUACGACGGCCAGGACGCCUGCGGCUCCAACAGCUGGAACAUGGUGGACGUGGACCUGCCCUCCAACAAGGACAUGGAGCCGGGCAUCCUGCUGCACGGGCUGAAGCCCUGGACGCAGUACGCGGUGUACGUGAAGGCCGUGACCCUCACCAUGGUGGAGAACGACCACAUCCGCGGGGCCAAGAGCGAGAUCCUGUACAUCCGCACCAACGCCUCAGUUCCUUCCAUCCCCCUGGACGUUCUCUCGGCGUCCAACUCCUCCUCGCAGCUGAUCGUGAAGUGGAACCCGCCGUCGCUGCCCAACGGCAACCUGAGCUACUACAUCGUCCGGUGGCAGCAGCAGCCCCAGGACAGCUACCUGUACCGGCACAAUUACUGCUCCAAAGCAGACAAAAUCCCCAUCCGGAAGUACGCCGACGGCACCAUCGACAUCGAGGAGGUGACGGAGAACCCCAAGACCGAGGUGUGCGGGGGCGAGAAGGGGCCGUGCUGCGCCUGCCCCAAGACCGAGGCGGAGAAGCAGGCCGAGAAGGAGGAGGCCGAGUACCGCAAGGUCUUCGAGAACUUCCUGCACAACUCCAUCUUCGUGCCCAGACCCGAGAGGAAGCGGAGGGACCUCGCGCAAAUUGCCAACACCACCAUGUCCAGCCGGAUCCGAAACAGCACGAUGCCGGACACCUACAACGUCACAGAGCUGGAGGAGCCGGAGACGGAGUACCCGUUCUUCGAGGCCAGAGUGGACAACAAGGAGAGGACGGUCAUUUCCAACCUGCGGCCUUUCACCCUGUACCGCAUCGACAUCCACAGCUGCAACCACGAGGCCGAGAAGCUGGGCUGCAGCGCCUCCAACUUUGUCUUUGCGAGGACCAUGCCUGCAGAAGGAGCAGACGACAUUCCCGGGCCGGUGACCUGGGAGCCGAGGCCUGAGAACUCCAUCUUCCUGAAGUGGCCGGAACCCGAGAAUCCCAAUGGGCUGAUCCUGAUGUACGAGAUAAAAUACGGCUCGCAGGUCGAGGAUCAGCGGGAGUGCGUGCCCAGGCAGGAGUACAGGAAGCACGGAGGGGCCAGGCUGAACCGGCUCAACCCGGGGAACUACACGGCCCGGAUCCAGGCCACCUCUCUGUCUGGCAACGGCUCGUGGACGGAGCCCGUGUUCUUCUACGUCCAGGCCAAAACGACAUACGAGAACUUCAUCCACCUCAUCAUCGCGCUGCCGGUCGCCGCGCUGCUCAUCGUGGGAGGGCUGGUGAUCAUGCUGUACGUCUUCCACAGGAAGCGGAACAGCAACAGGCUGGGGAAUGGCGUUCUGUACGCUUCCGUGAACCCAGAAUAUUUCAGCGCGGCGGACGUGUACGUGCCCGACGAGUGGGAGGUGGCCCGUGAGAAGAUCACCAUGAGCCGGGAGCUGGGCCAGGGCUCCUUCGGGAUGGUGUACGAGGGGGUCGCCAAGGGCGUGGUCAAGGAUGAGCCCGAGACCCGGGUGGCCAUCAAGACCGUCAACGAGGCCGCGAGCAUGCGCGAGCGCAUCGAGUUCCUCAACGAGGCUUCGGUGAUGAAGGAGUUCAACUGCCACCACGUGGUGCGUUUGCUGGGCGUGGUGUCGCAGGGCCAGCCGACGCUGGUCAUCAUGGAGCUCAUGACUCGGGGCGAUCUCAAAAGCUAUCUCAGGUCUCUGCGGCCGGAAAUAGAGAAUAACCCAGCCUUCCAUCCCCCGAGCCUCAGCAAGAUGAUCCAGAUGGCCGGGGAGAUUGCAGACGGCAUGGCGUACCUCAACGCCAACAAGUUCGUGCACCGAGACCUCGCUGCCCGGAACUGCAUGGUGGCCGAAGACUUCACGGUCAAGAUCGGAGAUUUCGGCAUGACGAGAGACAUCUACGAGACUGACUAUUACCGGAAAGGAGGGAAGGGCCUUCUGCCCGUGCGCUGGAUGUCCCCCGAGUCCCUCAAGGAUGGCGUGUUCACCACUCACUCCGACGUCUGGUCCUUCGGGGUUGUCCUCUGGGAGAUCGCCACGCUGGCCGAGCAGCCGUACCAGGGCUUGUCCAACGAGCAAGUCCUGCGCUUCGUCAUGGAGGGCGGCCUUCUGGACAAGCCGGACAACUGCCCCGACAUGCUGUUUGAGCUCAUGCGCAUGUGCUGGCAGUACAACCCCAAGAUGAGGCCCUCCUUCCUGGAGAUCAUCGGCAGCAUUAAAGACGAGUUGGAGCCCGGCUUCCAGGAGGUGUCCUUCUACUAUAGCGACGAGAACAAGCCGCCCGACACCGAGGAGCUGGACCUGGAGCCGGACAUCAUGGAGAGCGUGCCGCUGGACCCCUCGGCCUCCGCGUGCUCCCUGCCGCUGCCCGACAGAUACUCAGGACACAAGGCCGAGAACGGCCCGGGCCCCGGCGUGCUGGUGCUGCGGGCCAGCUUCGACGAGAGGCAGCCUUACGCGCACAUGAACGGCGGCCGCAAGAACGAGAGGCCCCUGCCCCUGCCCCAGUCGUCCACCUGCUGAUGCGGGACCGCGUCCCGGCAGAGGGCGCCGCGCGCAUGCGCGUGUGCGGCGGGCGGGUGGGGGGCGGGGUCUAACCAUCUGUCCACAGCCUCCUGUACCUCAGUGGAUCUUCAGAACAGCCACGCUGCCCACGGGAGACGGCUUCUCUGCAGUAAACACACUUGGGAUGUUCCUUUUUUCAAUAUGCAAGCCGCUUUUUAUUUCCCUACCCAAACCCUUAACUGACACGGGCCUUUAAGAACCUUAAUGACAACACUUAAUAGCAACAGAACACUUGAGAAUCGAGUCUCCUCACUUUUCCCUGUCUCUCUCAUCUCUCUCUCUCUCUCUCUCUCAUCUCAUCUCUCUCUCUGUCCUCUUUCUUCCUCUCUGUGCUUCAUAAUGGAAAAAGCAUUUGCCACCAGCCCAGCCCUUUUUAUCAGAGUGAGGACAAUGGCUGUCCCUCCCCGUGGUCCCUUCUUGCUCCCGUACACACCUGCCUGUCACCGUAGGUCUUUAUAUAUAUAAAAAAAAACAAAACACGUCGCGAUGGCAUUUUUUUUAACUCGAUCUUGAACCUUUUUAGGAACACCUGAACUUUACCAAGGGCCAUCCUUCACCCAAGGUUGUCACCAUGUUAACGCUGCCAAAUUCUGCCAAAACCCGGGACGCGGUCCCGCACGCCCCCUGCGCUUGCUUUCUGGUCUCCAGAGGCACGGGGUGAGCACGGUCCCCGGGCACUCCCGGGAGAGCCACGCUGGUGCAGCCCCGCAGCUCACCGUCCCCCCCGGUGUCCUUUUGAAGUCUCACGUCCACGCAGGUUAUUAUUUGGGGGAACUGGACAGACGGGGGCUUGCUGUCAGAGAGGAUGGGGAGGAGCCCCCCCUGGCUUCCCCCUCUACCUCCCCGCCCCCACCUUCUGGUGCCAGGGAUGCUGAGGCAAACCCGCCCCCUCGAGGGAGAGCCGGGCACACGGGCCUGGAGCAAAGGUCACCCACGUGCCAGUCUCCUGGCUCCUCCAGCCCCAGCUCCCCCCCCCCCCCGCCCCCUAAGGACACAGAUUAGAAGGGGUUUCCAGGGACUGAGCCCAACUGUUCAUGCAGGUUUGCGAGGAAAGCAAUUCCAACAGCACCACGACCGUGAGAAGAAAAGCGGUACAUGGACCCCAGCGUUCUGAGCUUUGUCGACAUUUUCUCUGUUACUAGGACUUCUUCGCGGCUCUGCCAGUUCUAUGUUAGACCGCGAAACAUUUGCAUACACAUCGUCUUUAAUGUCACUUUUGUAACUUUUUUACGGUUCAGAUAUUCAUCUAUACGUCUGUACAGAAACAAAGAAAGCUGCUAUUUUUUUUUUCUUGUUCUUUAUCUUUGUGGAUUUACUCUAUGAAAAUCUUCAGGUCUACCCCUCUCCCCUCUCUGCUCACUCCAAGAAACUUCUUACGCUUUGUACUAGACUGCGUGACUCUCUUCCUCUUCUCCCGGUAAUCGACACUUCCGGAACCUGAUUCGCCAUGAACUGCUGGAUGCCUUUGGAUAAAUCCACCCUCCCCCUCCCGGCUCCCCCGCCCCGUUAGUUCUCUUCGGACCCGGCAGUCUCGGUGGGUCCGAGGCCGGCGAGGGGCGGGGGCGGGGGCGGAGAGGGGUCCCUCUCUCAGCCCGCCCUCGCUCAGCUCGGUUGGAGUGCUCAGCGCGUUGGAAUUGGCUACCGCGCAAGACGUGAGACAGACUCAGGUCAGACAGCAGAGGUUCACCUUAGCACGUCCUCGCUCAGCGUGUGCGGUCACCGUUGUGGCGCAGCCCCCUUUCUCUCCCCCCCCCGCGCCCACCCCGGCCUUCGUUUUGGUUGUGACACAUAUAUCUAUUUUUUUAACUCUUGGGUACAACAGAAGUUCGAACUGCAGAGCCUAGGCGUUUGGACUUGUUUCUUUUUUUUUUUUUUUGCUUUGAAGUAGAUAUUUAAUCUUUCCAUCCUAGGAAAAACAGCUGCUGAGUCCGAGGGUGCAGCGGAGCAUGGUCCAGCGGCCCCUUCCUCGGCCUUCCGCCACCGCCUUCCAGGCCGACCUGUCCUUGGAGGAACCGGAAACUCCCCAGAGGCCUCCCUGGCACAGGCAGGGAGUGGGGGGCGCGGGGGCGGCACCCUUGGGUGUCAGCUCGCCCACCGCCAGGCCUGCUGGGGCAGUGCCUGAGGCGCAGUGGCCCAGGAGCCUGAGCUCCCUCCCCGGGAACCAGGGCUCUGGCGCUGGCGGCCUCCCCCGGGGCCAGGAAUCCAACUCCUUGGGGCCUGGGGGUCCUUUGUUUCAUUUCCCGGCCCUUCUCACCGGAGUGAUGACAGCACUGCGUUGCUUCUGGGAUGGAAACAUUUCAAUGACAAGUAGGAACAAAGCUCCAAUGUGAUGAUUGCUAGUUGGGACUGGAGAGUAAACAGAGAAAGCAAGUUCCUUAGUGCUUCGUCUGCUGGUUGGCAGUUUCCGUGCCAGUAUUUUCUCUAGCCUCCGCCCCCCACUUUUUCCCUUUAAAAAGCUGAGAAAAAGACAAAAGUUCAUCAGGAAGGUAUAACAGGAGUUUUCAUUGAUUUUCGGAUUCUAGUUUUAAUCGCUGUAGAGAAGCCCCCUUAGGAAUUUAAAUACUGACAAAAGGGUUUUUUUUUUUCUGUGUGUGUGCAUGUCUGUGUUAGACGGGACAGUUUUUCUUUUUUUGGGAUUUUUCUUUCAAGCAUUUAUCUACCUCACUCUUAUUUUUUAUACGUGGAUAUACAAAAAAAAAAGAGUACAUCUCGCAUUUCUCAGCACCUGGCAAUAUGCUGUUGACACUGGUAACCUCAUGCACCCACAGGCCACAUGCCACAGGCCACACGCCAGUGCCGCAGGGCCGGGCCAGGCUGUACUCCGGGGUCGCAGCCACCCCUUCUCCCCUCUCCACUCGUUUCCUACAGCUUGCCUUUUCCUGACAUGUCUUACUUGCCGUUGCUUUUCUUCUUCUUCUUCUAACUCGGUUCGCUAACGAGGUUGUGAGGUGUCAGGAUGUCCCUCCUCCCGGGCCCGGCGCCCCCACCCCGGCUGGGAGGUGAGGGGAGCGGCAGAGCCGGCUGUGUCGGAAACCAACUGCGCUGUGCAGACCGAAGCACAGGGUCUGGCCCUGGAGGAGCAGUGGUUUCCCGGGCUCUGUGGGCAGGAGGUGCCGAGGGGCGGGCAGUCUGUCUGUGGGCAUCCCACCUGUAAAGGCGCAGUGUGUGUGUUUGCACCACGGGGCGCCACCUCGAGUGCAGCCCCGGGUGUGGCCUGCGCCGGGUGGGGAUGCGCUUUCCCCCCGCGCUGCCUGUGCUCAAUGCUGCAGCCGCCUCGGCACUCCCGCUGGGCUGCUGACCUCCCAGCCGGUCCCUCCCAGAAUGCACGGCAGAGAAAAGUCCCCUUCCCCUCCCCAGGCCCAACUCUCCACUCCACCCUCAUGUCCUCCUCUCUCCCAGGGGAAAGCAAAGAUGUACCAAACCUUCGGGCUAGAGGGGCAGUGGUCGGUGCCAUGCCUCCUUCUGGGGCACCUCUGUCCCUCUGUCCUGCUGCUCACGGGGGUGGACGGCGCAUUCCCCUAUUCCGACAGCUGGUGGUUUGAUCUGAGCAAUGCUCUGGGGCCUUCCACGGUGCGGUCGGCUCCCUGAAAGUUCUGGUACUGCAGCUACGCUCAGGGGCACCUCCCCUCUCCCGCAAGAGCACGCCUCUCCUCUCCCAAGUCCCCUGGGAUCUCACGGUCAUUGAGAAACACUGCUUGAUCAGGGCUCUCUUCCUCCGCGCUGUAGGCGACCCCUUGGAAUAGUGGCCUCUCUCCUCUUUUGCACAUACCCUCCGGUUUUCCACAACUGGACUUCUACAGAUCAUUCAGCUGGUUUAUAAGGGUUUCAUUUCAACUGUCCGAGUUGUUGGUGUCCUUCUGUUCUUGUCUGAUGUAGGUGGUUUUCCUUUAAGUAGAAAGCAAACACUACCAGUGUCGUGCCCAUCGUAAGAGAUGCUUCAGAAACACGGAAAUGGAAGCGCAAAGUUGGCUUGCGUGAUGAUGGGGCAGUCGUUCUACUGGACCAAACCACCCACCCGGACUCUACCAAGCCGUCAUCUGUCCACAGUUCUAGCCUGAUUUUGUGCUGAUUUCCCCGCCGCUUGUGGAUUUUUCUCUUUUGUAUGCUUAAUCGAGCUGAGUCGUGGCAUUUUCCAUGCAACCUCCUCCUGACAGCAGCUCCCACUGCUGGAAGUGACUGAACCACCGAGGCGCGUCGCUGCGUGGGUGUGAGCGUCAACACAUCCUCACGCCCAGCCCUUUCCCGAGGCAGCGGGCGCCCGUGUGUUCUGGAGACGUUGCUGAACUUCAGCCGGCGGAGACCCAGACCACCCAGGUCUCCUUGACGGCUGUCGUGACGUUUGACAUGAAGUUGGAAUAAACUUCCUCCUCGGAAGACAGAAGAUGGGGUUCACGGUCAACACCGGCCUCUCCUCCCAGCCUGUUCCGUGAGUCGGAACGACGUGUCAGUGGUAGGAGAAGUGGCUCGGUGAAAUGGAAAAGUGGUUAUUGUGGAACUACCCAACGGCAGAAUGCUUGGCAUGAACUGUGUUGUGUGUGUUGGUUGGGGUAACAGAUUGACGAGCCAAGUACGAUGCCAAUCCGAGGCCAGUGGGUUCCACCGCAGCCUCUUUCUCAGCAGCCCGCCUCCGCUGGCAGGUGGCUGCCCAUGACGCUGGCCGCGCCGGUGGCGAGGCCACACGAGUUCAGUGGUCGAGGUGGCUAGGGUGCUCGGUCCAAGGUCCUCAGCUGUCACUGAUAGGUCCUCCCGGGGUGGCCAGACGAGUGUCAAAGGCGCCUCCUUCCCAAAACAUGGGCCCCUUGCAGCUGACAGCGACCCUCCAUGCCCUGCCCUCCAGUUUUAGCAGACCCAGUAAUGCAUUUAAGGUUUGGGGUUUGUUCUCUUGUUAAUGUUACUUUUGUGUUUGUUGUCUGUCUUUUCAUUUCUUGGGCUCAGCAGCAUUGGGAGACAUGGACCAGAGAUCCACUCGUUAAGAACCAGUGAUCAAAGUCAGACUUUCUUCCUCUGACAUAGUUGGUACAAGCGAGAGCUUCCAGAAAGGAUGUUGUUUAGAUUGAACCUCUCUGUUGCCAGAGAUGCUGAAGAUACAGAGCUUGGAUAGGCCAGAGGGUUUCGUGUCUGGCCUCCAGCUCAGAUGACUAGUUGGUCAUUUAGGGGAAAAAAAGCAGAUGAACACGCCUUGAUAGUGGAACGAUCAGGCGGUAGGAACCAUUCUGACGGGGGUCUUGAUGUGGUGGGAAGGGAAGACUUGCGAGCUGAAGGGGACAGGGUUUGAAGGCAGGUGGGAGGGGGGCAGGUUUUGAACUCGAUGGUUUCUUGAAGGUUAUCAGACCACAUCAAGGCUCCAGAGUCAUCCGCGGGCAUUUGGUUCCAACCCAUAAACCUAACAUUCUAGAUUGGAAACCGUUAUUGUGGAGUUAAGACAAAUUUUUCAAGGACACAAACUGCAUCGCACUCGCCGGUGGUCACUUCUGGGGCGUGGCUUUAGGGUUUCGUUUUCUUUUGUUUCUGCAAGAACGCGAUCACUCAUCGGUACGGCCACGUUUGUAAGUGUCUGCAUCUUUCUGGUAAACAUUGUUUGAAUUAGUCACACAUUAGCAUUUUCAAUAGGGCUCCUACGUCCAGUAGAUUACGGGUAGUCAGUUGACAAAGAUCUGGUUUACAGGAACUAAUUCAACGUUUCAUUGCAUUUUUGUAAGAGCAUAGAAUAAUUUUAUAAAAUGUUUGUAGUUUGUAAUCGCCGAAAAUAAUUUAAAGACACAUUUUUUUCUCUGUGUGUGCAAAUGUGUGUUUGUGAUCCAUUUUUUUUUAGGACACCUGUUUACUAGCUAGCUUUACAAUAUGCCAAAAAAAAAGGGUUUUUCCCUGUCCCAAGCUGAGGCUCACCCUCUUCACCCCUAAGCUUUGUGCCCUAGAGUAUAACAAAGGAAUGAUGACGAUUUAAGAAGUAGUUCUGUAUCUUCAGUAUCUUGGUCUUCCAGAACCCUCUGGUUGGGAAGGGGAUCAUCUUAUACUGGUCAUUUCCCUUUGGAGCGUAGCUCUUUUCAUAGACUGAGAGAACCUCAUUGGCCAAGGAAAGAGCAGAGGUGUUGCGGCCCAGGGGUGCCCAGUCUGAAGCACGUGGUGUGGUCGGCGUGGCCGCCACAAUCACUGUGCAAAGCCUCGAGAUGGAAAGACGGACUGCCCAGCUAAUGGCGUUCGCAGUGACCGCCGCAUGCGGACUUACCACAGACGGUGGUAAUUCUGGUGCACGCAGACUGCUUGCUUACAUGCCUCAUAUCAUAAUCAAUGCUUUGUUAUAACGAGAAAGACAGCCUAUUUGUUUAUAAGGCGACACAGAGGAUACAUUUUUCUAAUACAAAGUUCUUUUUAAUAAAAAAAACUACACAGAAAAAAAAUUUUUUUUAAAGUUUGAUUCCAUUUCCUGUAGCUCCCAGUGGAUUAGGGGCCAUGUCUACACACCUCCACAAACAUCCCCAUCGUUGGAAAUGUGGGUGUUUUGCACAGCAUGGGAGAAAGUUCCAGAAACAAUUUGUUUUCUGUUUUCAACUCAGCAUUUGGGUGUUGGGCGUUGUGUAGACACACCCACAGGUGGGACGGAUGCUUGGCAAGAACACCUGUUGCUCUCUAAGCCAGUGAGUUUGCGGUGAGAGGUUUGCCAGAGUUUGUCUACCUCUGGGACGAAAUUUAAAAAAGAAAAAUCAAACCAGAAGGCGCGAUGGAAUGGAUGCAUCGCAGAUAAUGCAUUUUCUCAGUUUUCUUGUUUAAAAACGUUUUUUAAAAAAAAUUUUAAAAAUACGGUAAUUAACGAGGCCAAUUUGUUACAUAAGAUGACUUUCUGUGUAUAAAUUUAUUCCUAAAAAAAUAAUUUCCUCUGUUUAUAUAAAAAAAAUCAGUAGAUGAAAAAAAAAUUUCAAAAUGUUUUUGUAUAUUCUGUUGUAAGAAUUUAUUCCUGUUAUUGCGAUAUACUCUGGAUUCUUUACAUUACGAAAAAAAAAGAAACUUUGUCUAUUUUGAAUGGCUGAAGCUAAGGCGACUUUAGUUUCUCUUACUCUGCUUUUUUCUAGUAGUUAAAGUACUACAUGGUUUAAGUUAAAUAAACGAAUUCUGUAUGCA